AUGAGAGGGGAGCCUAUACCUGCAUGGGACUCAGGGAACAUCACCGUUUGGGAGGAAUACAUCAACAUUGCCCUCGUGGUGGCAAACAGCUUGGUUCUGUUAAUCACCUCUGUCGUGGGAAUUGCAGCAAAUAUCUUCGUCAUACUCGCAGUGUACCACCAAAAGUCACUGCAAACGUCUAUAAAUGCACUCGUGGUGAAUCUGGCUGUCAUAGACUCCCUGCGCUGCAUUAUCGACUGCCCCAUUCUGCUAAUAAUCAUCAUGAUAGUCUAUCAGAGGGAGGCUGUGGACGGUUUGAUCUGUGACAUCCAAAUGGCCUCUUUCUCUUUCAGCUGCUGCAUCCAGUUGUUGACUCUGGCAUCCAUAAGUACGGAGAGAUACCUGGCAAUCGCGCAACCUUUUAAAGCCAGCCAACGAAAAACACGGACCAUGGUACUGAUUCCUCUCACGUGGAGCUUGGCUAUCGUGGUGGCUGUUUAUUGUGUGAUGUUUUUGAAAGAUUCACCUGUUUAUGUGAGAUGCCGAGGACCUCAGAGAGGAGCAGAGACCUCCUAUGACACCAUUGGACUGUACAUUUUCUUUCCACUUUGGGCGGCCUGUUUCACUGUGAUCAUUGGAUUCUAUGCUCGUAUAUUUGCCCUUUUGAGAUCCCACAAUCGCAAAAUAUUUGAUGUAGGUACUUCAGCUCCUAAAAAGGGUUCAGUGGAGGAGAAGGAAAAGAGAGAAGAAAUCACAGUGGAAAAUGGACAUGGGAAAUCUGGGCAAGAGCACAUCCUUGUUGGUGAAACGCAGGCUAAAGCAAAUCUAUUCAAGGAAAAUUCAAAGCUGACCUCAGCAGAAAGUCAGCAUUGUGUCUUCAUUAUUUCUGAGGAGAUAAAAGGAUUAAAAAACACAGAGGAGAAGAGUCAUACACACGAUUCUCCCUCUCUCGCAAUCCAGAUUGCUGUGGAGGCUGUUGAGAAGCCUUUGAAAACAAAUCAAUCCAACACCUGUUCCGUGGAAAACGCUAAAAACACUUCCAAAGAUGCUUUAACUAAUGUUGAGAGCUCAACUACAAUGAUACUGAAAGUAUCAGAAAGCAAUUCUAACACAGAAACACUGUCCAGAGAAAGAGAAAAAACUGACAAAGCAUCCAAAGAGACAAGUGCCUUUGUUACUGUCUCUUCAAAGUCCCAGGAUUCUGAAUCUACCUCUGUCUUGGUAACUGAUGUGACGCCAGUCCAGAACACGAACACAGAGACACAGCCUGCUGCUUCAUCAGAUCAACUGGCCUCCCCACCUCCAGUCUUAAGCUCCGAGCCUGUACAGCAGCCUGCAGAGUUAGAAGGAGCUGUUUGCGUAAUGCCCUCAAAAGCAAGCAGAGAAAGAGCCAGUAAAAAGAAAGAAAGCAAAAUGGCCAAGCGCGCAGGUUACAUAAUCAUAACCUUCCUCCUCUUUUGGCUACCUCUGAUCACAACUAUCCUUGUGAACUUUUUGAUUCAUAAAAACAAGAAUGCACAGAUACUAUUUCAUCAGGACCUGGAUAUCCUGUCUGUGUCUGUCGCGUGCAUCACCUCCCUGAGCGACCCAAUAAUAUACGCUGCAGUAAAUCCUCAGUUCCGCUCAGAAUUUUAUAAAUUAAGGAGCUGGAUAAAAUCCAGAUUUAACAAGACGUAA